UCUUCACUUUCCAAGCAACCCCAACGCAGACCCUCUCUCUCUGUCUCAAAAUCACGUUCCUCUGCCCAUUUUCUUUUAAAAUUUUUUUAUUUUUUUUUGGAAAAAUAAAUAAAAUCAGAGAGUAUAAGUGUCAUAGGAUCAUAUAAUAUCAGAAGGAAAUUUGAGUUCCUUGAUUCUCUCCUUUUUCGAAAUCUUUGUCCUACCCAUUUUUAUUUCUGGGUUUCAGCCACAAUAAUGCAAGUUGCUACUCAACCACUCACAAACGGAGUUGCAGAGGUGUCUUCUCCGAAUGAUCAUCGAGAAGAGGAAGUCUCAAAGGGAGAGGGCUCAAAUUCAGGACCUAGCGAGAGGCGCUCAAAUCUUUCACUUCAAAUACCCCCUAGGCCCAUUGGUUUUGGCAGUAGCCUUAGUGGGAAGGGUUUACUGCGAUCUCAAGCUUCGAACAAAGGUAGUCCAUCGCCAGGAGGCUUCUUGCGGGGUCUAAGCUUCAAGAAAAAAGUUUCCAUAGCUGAAGGUGAAAGAAGUUCCCUCCUCAAUUCAGACUCCAGGACAGCACUUGAAAGUCCAAUCAUGGCAAGUUUCAAGGCGGCAUUUUCCUGGAGCAGGUCUACAUCACUUCCAGUUUCCCGUGAGCCAGGUUUCUCCCCUUCAAUUCCCACGCCUACUUCAGCAAGGAUGCCCGGUGAAUGUCAUAAGACCAAUAAAGGAGUAGUUUCGAGGUCCUUGUCUAUUCCUGGGAAAAAUGUUGUCAUUGUAAGAUCCAUGUCUUUUUCUGCCAAUACAGAGCACAUCAUGUCAGAAUCUAGCAAUGCAGAUCAUAUGACUCCCACCCCAAUGGGCUGUGAUGACGAAGAGAUUCCAGAAGAAGAAGCUGUGUGCCGGAUAUGUCUGGAUGCAUGUGAAGAAGGUAACACACUCAAAAUGGAAUGCAGUUGCAAAGGUGCCCUCAGACUUGUACACGAAGAAUGCGCCAUUAAGUGGUUUAGCACAAAAGGAAACAAAAAUUGUGAUGUAUGUGGGCAAGAGGUCCGGAACUUGCCUGUAAUUUUGUUUCGUGUGACAAGCUCUGCUCAACGAAAUAACAGACAGGACAACAUCCGACAGAAUUCGACUUCGCAAGCUAUAAGUGCAUGGCAGGACUUUGUGGUGCUUGUCUUGAUUAGCACAAUAUGCUAUUUCUUCUUCCUGGAGCAGCUACUGAUUCAUGACUUGAAGACUCAAGCAAUCAUAAUUGCUGCCCCAUUUGCAUUUACCUUGGGGCUUUUGGCGUCGACUUUUGCAGUCAUACUAGCAAUCAAGGAGUACAUAUGGACAUAUGCUGCUUUGGAGUUUGCACUUGUAGCCAUCAUUGUCCAUGUUUUCUAUAGUGUGCUUCAUCUGAAGGCAAUAUAUGCCGUAUUGCUUUCUUCAUUUUUGGGCUUCGGAAUAGCUAUGAGCCUCAACUCAUUGUAUCUUCAAUAUUUUGCUUGGAGAGCUCAGGUUGCGGGCGCCCAGGAACGUAACCCAGUUUGACCCCUAAACCGGCUAGGGACUAUGUUCAAGCCUUCUGUUCCGCUCAUCUUUGGAUAGAUUUCUGAUAAUACAUAUAUAUAUAUAUAUAUAUAAAUAUAUAUGUAUUACAUCUUUAACUCCCACAAAACAUCAAGAGUUAUGUUCUGUAACUGAAUGAAGUAAAGCUGCAGGUCUUUUCCCUUUACAUUUCAUUGCCUGGGUACAAGUACAAAAUAAUACAUUACAUAAUAUUAAUUCCGACCAAUGAUACA